UGCUAAUAGAACACCAUGAAAUAGAUGUGACUCCCGAUGAACUUGACAGCAAUAACAAUGAAAUAGAUGUACCACCCGAUGAAUUUGACGGCAAUAACAAUGAGAUAGAGUCGGUUCCCAGUUCCAGCUAUUCAUAUCCGGAUCAAGAUACUGAUGAUAUUGAAAAUGAUGAAAGUUAUUAUAGUGAGCAAAACAUCAAACAGCCUACAUCAAAAAGUAUGCUCCCAGUAUGCCAAAACUGUGCUGAUACGAACGAAUCAACUAAGCGCAGUGGUCAGAAAUCAUCCAAAAAGG